AUGGCUGCUGCUGCCGCCGACGCCGUGCCCGCGCUGGAAGGAGCGGACCAGGUGGCGCACCUCCUGUAUGCGGUCCCGGGGGCGCCCCUGUGGCACCAGCGCUGGAACUUGGGUCGGGUGGUGUCCUGUCCGAGUGACGCGAUCCUGGUCUCGCCGGACCACCAGGUGCAGUGCGAGGUAGUGGACGGGACGUCGGCCGACAUCAGCGCGGUGCGGUGGGCGCCCGCCCUCGCCCCCAGGCCGCCGGGCGUCGUGCGGGCCUACCGCUUCGCGAGCCCCCCGACCGCGGCGGAGGUGGCGGCCUGGCUCCCCGAUGCCCAGGCCGAGGCUCGGCGCUGCUUUGCUCGGCGCCACCCGGGCGUGGCCGUGCCGGCGCCCGUCUUCGAGGCGUGGCCCUGGGCUGCGCCGGGGGCGCCGGCUGCCGCCGUCGGGCCCGCCCCUGCCGCGGUGGCCCCCGCCGCCGGGCCGCCGGGCGGAGGUUGGGUCGUCGUGCCAGCGGGGGGCCCGCCGCCCGCCGCGGCGCCCGUCGCCCCGGCACCCGCGCCCCUGCCGGGCGGGGUGAUGCGCCGAGGAGGUGCGGCCGCGGCGGCUGCGCCGGCCGCGGGCGGCGGGGAGGCGGGCGGUGCGCCGGCGCCCGCGGGAGCAGCGCUCGCAGCGGCCGUAGUCGGGGCGGCCCGACCCCUGGUGCUGGCGGGAGGCGCUGGCGACGCCGCCCCCGCCCCUGUGGGGAACUGGCGCGUCGCCCAGGAGUGGAGGGGGUACCACUACGGCGAUGUGAUCACCCCUCCAGCGGGCUUCGCUGGGGCGGGCACUCCCGCCCGCGGAGUCGUCCUGCUCGCAGACGGGUCGUCUCUCUUCGUCGAGUGGGUGGCCAUCGGUGGCGAGUCGGACUUCGCCGACCGGGCGGUGGCGCCCGACUGCCGCCUGCUGCCGGUCCGCCUCGAUCGCGCUGGCAGGCCCUUCCGGACGCUUGAGAACCUCGUAGAGAGCUGCCGCCAGGAGCACCUCCCCGACUUCAUCGCGCCGAGGACGACCAUGUGGUGCCUCGAGCACCUCGCGGGCGAGGGCCGCUCUCUCGAGUCCCACUUCGAACGCUUCAAGAAGCUGUGCGGCCUCCAGGACUCCCAGUGGGGCAUGGAGGAGUACGCCAGUGUGAUCAGCUACCUGAAGGCGUUGCCCCAGCACGAUCAGGUGGACGCGUCCAACAUCCUGUCGGUGGAGAUGAUGUUCCGCCGGCUCCAGACGAUCGAGUACUGCUACAGCGACAAGUUGCGCGAGAGGACAGCGGGCUCCUCCGCGGGGAGGCUCACCGCCGACGAGCAGGCCGCCUUCGGCGCGACGGCCCGAGCCGAGUCGAGGCUCAUGGUGUCGCCCGCGCUGCUCGAGAGCGCCAAGCAGGAGCUGGAGCGCGACGCCUCGCUGGCCAAGAGCCUCCUGAAGGCGCGCGAGGCUCGGGAGUCUGGUGGGGGGGAUCCCGACAUGACUGGGGAUGCUCGGCACGCCGUCGCGCCGCCGGGGAAUUUUGACAGGAACGUGGGGAGGGAUCUGCUACCUUUCCCCACGGAGCUGCUCAACUCGUCGGAGCCACCAGCACCUGGGCUCUCGCGAGUUUGCCGACAGAGAGUCGGCCGUCGGCAGCGUCGUCACGCCGACGUUCUUCGGUGCUUGGAAGGUCUCAACACGAUAUACGGCCGCCGUGAAGGGGUACCUGUACCUGCUGAUCUGAGCCUCGGGCAGCAGCAUGUGCUCGAUCACGUUGAGUCCUCUGUCUCUUUCCUGGGGCCCCCCCCAGAUGAUCUUUCGCAGGCGGCAGCCCUCCAGGCGCUGCGCCUCGGCCUCCCCUACGACGCAGGGGGAGGCCCUCGAUUGGUCGAGGCUGGCGUAGCCGAGCUGACGCUCGAGCGACCUACCGAGGUGGUGGAUUGCUUCUUUGUAAAAAAGGGGGGCGGCAAGCAGCGGCUGGUCGUCGACUGUCGGCGGUCUAAUCAACAUUUCGAGCCGCCCGCCCCUGUCAGCCUAGUCUCUGGCGACACUCUCUCCCAGGUGCAUGACGACGACUCCCUCGGUCAGCCCGUGUUUAUUGGCCAGGUCGAUAUAAAAGACGUUUUCUAUCACAUGGAGCUCCCGGAGGGGCUCCGCCAGUAUUUCGGGCUGCGAAGAAUUCGGGCCUCGUGGGCGGGCAUCUCUCAACGCUUGGCAGGAGUGUCCCGGGCCCUCGAGUCUCGCGGGCUGCCGCUGCAUAAAGAGUCUGUCUCAUGCGAUCGGGCCGUCGUGCUGGGGUGGGAGAUCGAUUGCCUUCGGCGCACCUUCCGCCCGACCCCCGAGCGUGUCUGGAAGGCUCGUCUCGCUAUUCGGGGUCUUUUGGCACGGGCCUCGGUCUCUGGAGGGGACUUGGAGCGCCUCCUGGGCCAUCUGUGCUUCAUCGGCCUGUGUAGGCGAGAGUCGCUCAGCGUGUUCAAAUAUUGCUACAGGUUCUGUGAGGCCGCGCGGAGAUGCCCAGCCCGGGGGCCUCGGGCCCUCUGGGCCUCUGCCAGAAAGGAGCUCGACAUCUGGGACCGUAUCGCCCCGCUCAUCUGGGUCAACACCUCUGCGGGUACCUGUCCAGACGUCGUCGUGGUGGACGCGUCGCCGUGGGGCCUUGGGGCCGUUCGGGGGCGACCGCCGGUGGCCCUGGUCAAGGAGGCCUGCCGUCACUCGGAGCGUGCUGGGGCUCGGGAGGCGGCCCGGGAAGGGCGGCCCCCCCGUGAGCGCGCUUUCGCCGCGGCCGCUGCGCAGCUGCACGGAGGUGAGGGGGAGGCCGACAGGCGGAUCCUGAUGGAGCUCGUGCGACCCCAGUCUCGACACCACCGUCCCGAAAGCGAGUUCGACCGCCGGCACACGAAGUCGUUCGAGGACGUCCCCUUGGACCUCUUGAGGGCCCCCUGGAGGGUGUGCGGGAGGCAGAGGUGGAAACGGGCCUCGACGUCCAUGCCGGCCCUGGAAGCGGAGGCGCUUUUGUACGGGGUGCGCCACCUCCUGAGGUCCGUCGCCAACUUGGGCUCGAGGCUGCUCGUGAUUGGGGACUCGAUCUCCGCCUCCCUGGCCGCCACGAAGGGACGGUCCUCUUGCGAUGGCAUGCUCUCGGUGACCCGCCGGCUGGGCGCCCUGCUGCUGGGGACCGGCAGCCUCCUGCGGUCGCGCUGGAUCGCGUCGGAGCUCAACCCUGCGGACGGACCCUCGCGCGGCCGACCGGCGCCGAGCGACCCGCUUGCCGGCCUGCGGCGCGAACUCGCGACCGCCGCCGACGAGGGCCGCGAUGCUGGCGCGCGGCAGGUCCGACAGAUCGAGGACCCCCGCGGGCCGCCAGCCGCCGCCGCCCAGUUCGGGGCCCAGAUGAGCCUGCUUCGGAGGGCCUCGGUGUCGGCGAAGACGCAGGCCCAGUACUCUCUCUACCUGGCCGCCCUGCACAGGUUCUGCGACUCCCGCGGGGACCACCCGAUCACCGAGGAGGAGUGGGACAUCGCCGCCGCGGGCCUGAUGGAGAUCAUGUUCAUGGAGGGCGGCUCGUUGAGCGCGGGCGAGAAGCUCCUGGCGUCGGUGCAGUGGGCCGAGCCGCGCCUCGGCAGGCUGGGGGGCGGGCGGAUGCCCGUCUGUCGGCAGUGUCUGCGAGGCUGGCGCCGCGCUGCCCCAGCAGGGGGCCGCUUGCCCCUGCCCUACGACGUGGUGGCGCUCCUGGCGUGCUGGAUGAUCUGCCAGGGGCUGAGACCCCACGCGCUGGCCAUCCUCAUGAUGAUGGAGCUGUACUUGCGGCCAGGAGAGCCAUUCCUGCUACGGGGCCGCGACGUAGUGGCGGGGUCCCUCAGCGGAGCUCGCGAGUGGACCCCCACAUCGGUCCUGCUCCACCCGUUCGAGAUGCGGACCCCGUCCAAGAGCCAGGAGUUCGACCAGACGAUCGUCCUCGACCUCGACCGGCAGGCGGCGCUCGCGGACGCCCUGGUGCAGCUGGGGCUGGAGCGCGGCGUGGGGCCCUUGCUGGAUCUGUCGCCCAGCGCCCUGCGCCGGGCCCUGGACGAGGCCGCGGCUGCCUGGCGCCUGGGGCCCCUCGGGCCGCUCGACGCCUACCGCUUCCGGCACACGGGGGCGAGCGUCGACUUCGCGACCGGCGCCCGGCGGCUGGAGGAGAUCCAGCGCCGCGGGCGGUGGCGGUCCGCGCGGAGCCUCCGCCGCUACGAGCACGGGGGGCGACUGGCCGACCUCUUGCGCCGCCUGCCGCCCGACGUGCAGCGGGCGGCGGAUGCCGUCUUUGGGCCGCUGAGGGCGCCGACCAUCGCCGUGUUCCUCGAGCUGUUCGCGGGCUCGGGCCACCUGUCCGACGCCGUGGAGCGGGGAAAUGUCCCCACACUGCGGUGGGACAUCCUGUACGGCCCCGCCUACGACCUGCGCGACCCCAGGAGCGCCCGUCUCAUUCGAGGCUGGAUGCGGGCGGGGCUCGUCUGCGGCCUGCAUGCUGGCUUUCCUUGCGAGACCUUCUCGCGGGCGCGUGACCGCCCCAACGGCCCUCCGCGGCUCCGGUCCCAGGAGCACGUCUGGGGCCUGCCCAGUCUCCAUCCCGAGGGCGCCGAUUUCCAGAAGGUGAAGUGGGGCAACCUGUACGCGCGGCUCACGAUAUCCUUCUGCGUGCUGUGCUGCCAGUGUUUCGUCCCCUGGUCCGUCGAGAACCCCGCGCUGAGCUACGCGUGGCAGCUGCCGCCGAUGCUGUCCCUGCUCCAGCGCCGGCAGGUCACGACCCAGGUGAUCGAGUACUGCCGGUUCGGGACGCCCUGGAGGAAGAGCACCAGGAUCGCUGCGUUUCUCCUCGACUUGGCACCCUUGGCCAAGUUCAGGUGUACAGGGCCCGUCUGUGUCCUCACUGGGCAGCGGCAUCAAGAACUGUCCGGCAAAGACGCAUCGGGCAGGUUCCGCACUAGAUUGGCGGAAGCAUAUCCUCGCAAGCUCUGCAGCACCCUCGCCAGAGCCUAUGCCGACGAGAAAGCCAG